AUGGCAGCAAAAGAUAGAGGACCUGUGGCAUACCACUCUGGCAAUAUCUUCACGGCAAGCAAUCAUGGAGACCGCGUCGACGCAUUCAUAGUCUCACCAAGCGGCCAGUUUACAGCCGUCGGAACCAACAGUGACAUUCUAGACAUUGCACGCCGCGAGAAUCUUCCCACAUUUGACCUGCAGUCGCGCUUUGUGAUGCCGGGUAUUCACGAUGCCCAUGUCCAUAUUCUUGUUGCAGGGCUCUCUCGUCUCUCCAAUCUGAAGCCUGGGUUCGACGCCACCACGUCCAAUAUCGCUGAGAGGCUCAAGUCGCCGUCGUGCGCCUGUGAACACGCCCAUGCAUAUGGAGACUGGAUCGUUGGGGACCUCUACCGCAUUGAGGAUUUUGAUCGAGAAGCCCUGGACCGUGAAUUCCCCGAUACUCCAGUCCUUUUGCGGGGAGGGGCAGGUCAUGCAAUGUUCCUCAAUACCGCCGCCCUGGAAAGAUCGGGAUACAGCCUCACAGAACCUGACGGGCCACACAGCCAUUUCUUCCGCCGCGCAGAUGGCACCUUGACUGGUGAAAUGACCGAGCUAGCCAUGACUAAGGCAGCACUCGCGAUGCCGAAACCAGAAAUGGCACACAUCAAACGCAGUAUUCUGCACGCAGUGAAGCUGCUUCACUCGGUAGGAGUGACCAGUUUCCAAGAAGCGGCGUCGAAUACUCUCAUCCUCAAAGCACUAGGGGAGCUCGAUGCUACUGAGGAGCUGAAAGUGGACGUGCAAACGCACAUCGUAUACAAGCCAGAGCAGCUUGCGGAAGAAUGUCUCGAAACCCUGCACAAGACGCUUGAUCAGGCGGACAGUUUACGGUCUCAACAUGUCCAGACCAAUUUCGUCAAAUUCAUGCUGGAUGGUGUCCCACUGCAUCCGUACUACACGCACGCCGGUCUCACUGAGUCUGGAGCGAUUGAAGAGACCAAGAUACAGAUCGACGACCUGGCUGAAGCCGUCUCGAAGUUGGAUGCGAGGGGCAUGACAUUCAAGGGCCGAGGCAUGAAAUUGCGCAUUGCAGCGGUGUGCAUGAUGGCAGAUGAUUAUCCACGCUUCCGGCAGCUAAAUGUCACCGCCGAGAUGUCUCCUUCAAUGUUCUUCGUUCAUCCGCUCACUACCAUGUCCAAUGGCCUGAUGGACUGGAGCUGGGGGAAGAUGAUCAAAAACGGAGCUCAUCUGACGGUUGGAAGUGACUGGGCCUUCCAAGACCCGUCCCUCCUACCUGCUUGCGCUCUGAUUGCGGACAGUGUCGCAGCUGCACUGCCAGCCACGGAGGCCGUGACAAUUACAGCUGCAGAAGCGAUCUGUAAGAUGCUAACCGUCGCAGGUGCGAUAGCAACGGGCCGAGAAGACAAGACUGGAACCAUUGAGGUUGGAAAGAAAGCCAACUUCAUAAUGAUCGACCGUGACCUGAGCAAAGGUGAAUUCGAUGGAGCUCAGGUCCUGGGCACUUGGUUUGAAGGCGAGAGAGUUUAUGAGCGCCCUUGA